AGCUGUCCUCUCCUGUAUUUCUUCCGAAGGAAACAGAGCACGCUAAUACAGAAGGGCGGACUAAAACAACACGGAAACUUCACGCAGAAACAACAAAGCUGUCUGUUUUUGCGAGUUAGCAGCUCGGCCGCAGAGCUAUUCGUCUGUCCAUGCUGCGGCUGCUGUGCCGGAGUUCGGCGGGGAGCCAGACGCUAGUGCGAUGGGCACGGAGGUCACAGCGGGGAGGCGGUCUCCUCCUGCACGGCGCUCGGUCUUGCACCUCCAGCCGCCGCUGUCACGGUACCGGUUCGGGUGAAGUUAAUGGUCAGCCCGCAGAGAACGGCUCCGGUAACGCACUGUACCGGGAUUCAGUGCUUUUGCCCAAGACCGAGUUCCCGAUGAAACUGACCGGACAGAAGCUUCUGGACCGAGAACUCCAAAUACAACAGGAGUGUGGUUUUGCAGAUUUGUACUCAUGGCAGCGGGAGAGGAAGGCCAAGAAUAAGUUCUGCCUUCAUGAUGGACCUCCGUAUGCUAAUGGAGACCCUCAUGUUGGACACGCUCUCAAUAAGAUCCUGAAGGACAUCCGUAACCGUUUUGAGAUGCUAAGAGGGCGGCAGGUGCACUACAUCCCAGGGUGGGACUGCCACGGCCUCCCCAUUGAGCUGAAGGCUCUGGGAGACCUGGGGACGAGCGGCCUUAGUCCUCUGCAGAUCAGACAGAAAGCGCGGGAGUUUGCAGAGGGAGCAAUAGCCCGCCAGAAAGCUGCAUUCCAGCGCUGGGGGGUGAUGGCUGACUGGGAUCAGUGCUACUACACUUUUGAUGGCACCUACGAGGCUGCUCAGCUGAAAGUCUUCCAAGAGAUGCACAGUAAGGGGCUCAUUUACCAGGACUACAAGCCUGUCUUCUGGUCUCCUUCAUCCGGAACAGCUCUGGCAGAGGCGGAGCUGGAGUACAACCCCGAGCAUGUGAGCAGAGCCAUCUAUGCCACAUUCCCCCUCGUCACGCUUCCACCAAAGAUCGCUUCACAAGAAGGGAUGGAAAGUGUCUCCGUGUUGGUGUGGACCACCCAGCCUUGGACCAUUCCUGCUAACCAGGCUGUCUGCUACAUGCCAAAUGCCCAGUAUUCUGUGGUGAAGAGAGCGGACAACUCUGAGAAGUUUCUAGUAGCAACUGAGCGGACGGCCAGCAUAGCAGCACUGCUGGGCACAGACCUGCAGACUGUAGGCACCUUCACAGGCUCCCUGCUUGAAGGUGGGAUCUGCAAACAUCCCACGAUUCCUGACAAACAAGUGCCAUUGCUGCCAGCUAAUCACGUGACCAUGGUGAAGGGAACUGGAUUGGUUCACACGGCACCGGCGCAUGGGAUGGAGGACUACAGUGUGGCCUCGCAGUUUAAACUGCCUGUGGAAUGUAUGGUGGAUGAAGAUGGGACAUUCAAUGAAUUAGCUGGACCUGAACUACAGAAGCUUUCUGUAAUGACAGAAGGAAACGAUAAAGUGAUUUCAAUGCUGAAGCAGUGCAAUGCUCUGCUGAAGGAGGAGCAGUGCGUCCAUAGUUACCCGUAUGACUGGAGGACAAAGCAACCUGUAGUCAUCAGACCCAGCAAACAGUGGUUCAUCAACACAGAGUCACUCAAAGACAAAGCAAAGGAGGCCCUGCAGAAGGUGCGUGUUUUGCCCGAGUCGGCCAGGAGCAGCCUGCUCACCAUGCUGGACAGACGGACAUACUGGUGCAUCUCCAGGCAGCGCAGCUGGGGCGUCCCCAUCCCCGUCUUCUACCAUAAAGAAAGUGGAGAGGCUCUCAUCAACAAAUACACUGUGUCCCACAUCGCACAGCUCUUCAAAGAAAAGGGCAGCGACUGUUGGUGGGAGCUUCCCAUUGAGACUCUGCUGCCUCCCGAGGUGCUCAAGAAGAGUAAAGCAGGUGCAGCGAGUGAUUACGUUCGUGGAGAAGACGUUCUGGACAUUUGGUUUGACAGUGGAGCGUCGUGGGCAGCAGUGCUCGAAGCGGAGUCGGACUCUCGGGCUGACAUUUAUGUGGAGGGAAAGGACCAGAUUGGAGGCUGGUUUCAGCAGUCAUCGCUGCUCACCAGUGUGGCUGUCCGGAACAAGGCACCUUACAAGUCUCUUGUGGUCCACGGCUUUGCAGUCAGUGAGAAAGGAGAGAAGAUGUCCAAGUCGGUGGGCAACGUUGUGGAUCCUGAUGUGGUCAUUAAUGGAGGGAAGGACCCCACUGAGCCGGCCUACGGGGCAGACGUGCUCCGCUGGUGGGUGGCAGAGUCGAACGUCUUCUCUGAGGUCCAGAUUGGCCCCUCUGCGCUCAGCUCAGCCCGGGACAGUAUCAGUAAGCUGAGGAACACUCUGAAAUUCCUGCUCGGAAACCUGCAGGGCUUCGACCCGCGACUGCAGGCUGUGGAUCCCAAACAGAUGCACUACAUCGACCAGUACAUGCUGCACCUGCUGCGCGAGUACAGCAUCAAGGUUACGGACGCCUACAGUGAGUUUGACGCUGGCAGGGUCAUCCGUGUGCUGCAGGCCUUCAUAACCAGAGAACUCUCCAGCUUCUACUUCAGUAUCAUCAAGGACAGACUGUACUGCGAUGCAGAGGACUCGUUGGGUCGAAGAUCCUGCCAGACGGUUUUAGAGGAAAUUCUGGAUGGCGUGACGAGAUCCAUCGCUCCGAUCUUGCCACAUAUGGCUGAAGAGGUGUACCUGCACGCACCAGGACAUGACAAAGAGGAGACAUUAUUUAAAAGUGGCUGGAUUAAAAGCAGCUCUGUGUGGCGGCGACCAGGAUUAGAGGAGGCUGUGGAAGGAGCGUGUGCCAUCAGGGACUCCUUCCUGUCUUCCAUUCCUGGCAAAAACGCCGCCAGGUACGACCUCACUGUCGCCAUCGAGCCAGGUCUCCUGUUCGAACUCAUGGAGUCUCUCCAGGAGGAGCCCACCUCCACCACCUCCCAGCUGGCUGAGCUGAUGAUGGCAGCUCGGGUCAACCUGGCCACAAAGAUGCCUCGGGACCUGGAUCCGGAGGCUCUGCUGAACCAUGGCACCUUCCUCAUCAACCUGGAGGGUGGUGUAAUCCGCGAGGAGAGCGCCUACAGUAUCGCAGUGACGCCCACCUCUGCUGCCCGUUGCCUACGGUGUCGCCGCUACACCGCCAACUCAGCGGAUUGCCUCUGCCCGCGCUGCCAGAGCGUCGUCUCCCAGGCUCACUGAUGACCUCUGGCUCGGUUUGACGGCUGACCAGAGACCAGGUUUUGCACGCCCAUCGGAGGCUGUAAAAAGGACUAGAAACAUCUGCUGUCGUGCUGUAGUUCUCUCUCAGAGGAUGCUUAUUGGAAGAAAAACGAAGCCUCAGCUCAGCACAGGAAGGCAACAAAGCAUCUGGUCUCUGAAAUGUGUUUUAACAAAUGUAAAAAAAUGGUCUAUAGGUGGGGUUUCCAUUCAGAGAGCUUACGUGUGUCUGCGUUCUUUUAAAAAAAAUGUGCUACAGCCACAUUUGACCCCAAAGGCAAAUGUACACUCGUCACCUCUGGUUUGUAGCGUUUAUUUCUCAUUUUCUCCCCUAAUCUAAACUAUUUUUGGUAUCAGUUGGCAAGUUUUGGAGCUUUAGAGAUGUUUGUUGUCUCGUCUAUUAAUGAUAUAAUAGUAAAAAACCUCGUAAUUGUGUUAGAGACACAAGUUUGGGUUGUGUUGUUUGCCUGAGUCUCCAGUUACACCUUAAAACAAUCACUUUAUCAGCACCUACAGGCUAAUUUGUCAGAAGUGCAUUUGGAUGUAGCGCCCUCAGUUCUCCCUCCCUUGUGUAAAGCACCAAAUAAAAUGUGCCUCGGAUACGUUGACAGUUCUUGAAUGCACUUUGUCAUUUAAAAAAUUCGAAUUUAGUAGAUGGUGCUCCUGAUAUGAACGUCUUGGCCACCAUAUUUUUGAGAUUUUAAAAGAUCCUAAAAUGCACUGAAUUAAUUAUUCUAAAUUGUAAGCUUGCAAUGUUGCUGUAAGUGUUGAUGUUAUCGAGCUGCAAGCUUUUGUUGGUGAUCAUAAGGAUUGUGGAUAUUUUCUUUUUCAAACAUGUCCCUGUUUAGAUCUGUAUUCUGGGGGAGGCAGAUGUCAAAUCCAGGUGAUUAAACAGCUCUACAAACCAGAGGAGAAAUGAGUGUUUGAUUUAGUUGCUCCUUUUACUAUAUGGGAAAAUAAUGCACUACAGAGUCACUGUGACAGCAAACCGAUGCUGGUGGGUACUUCUUUGUAUAAUAGCUUGUGUUCCUUGUAAACAUAAAGAAUUCAAAGUUGUCUGACUUAUAAAUGAAAAAAUAAAGAACGGGUCUUCAGACUCAUGUUCUCCAAGCUUUAA